GAAUUGAUUUUUAUCAAUUAAACGGUGGCUCGCUAACUGAGAGGAUCCGUGCCGCUCACUCGAUUGCAAAAUACAUUCAACUCCCGGAUCUGAGGCCAGCGAGAGCUUCAUAACCCACGAUUAAACAUGAUCGCGAUCGGCUGUGGUGCAUUAUCCUUGAUUCGCGUAACUUUUAUGUGGAAAGCAGCAUGUAUGUGCUCUCGGGUCGUUGUUAGACGCCUGACGUCAUGGUUAGGAAUGUGGCAGCUAAUUAGCAAAGCUGCUAACCUUCAGUAGAUCUCGCCAGCUAGACUCACCUUCUCCUGAAGAAACACUUCUGUCAGCACUGGGAGUGUUUUUACAUGGUUAACGCGAUAGAUUACAAUACUGUUUUACCGGAUCUGCUGCCAUUUUGAAUGUAGGCACACUGUUUAAAGUAAGUCAGCGGUAUUCCCCUUCAUUCCCACAGUUCCGUGUAUGAUGUAACCAGCCAGAUGCGAGUUAAAACAUCAUACAAAACACUGCCCGGCUUUAAAGUGACAUCACUAAUCAACUUUAAAUUGCUUUACAGUAGCUUCACUCUUCUGGCGUUUGUUUAAACUGUUAACUUUAGCUCGGCAUAGUUCUGCAUGACUACGGAGUUUCCCUUCUGUCGUGUACAAAGGAGCGGGUGGGAGCGCGCGCGAUGAUGCAACCGCGGGCAACACUUGAGCUCGCGCUCAUAGGAGAGAAAGAAAAUUUGCCACAUAUGCACAUUGACAUGGCAGCACGGUCGGAUUACAACAACAUAACGCUAACGGAUGAGCACAAGCGGUUGACCCGACUUUUAGGUGUUGCAGCAUUUUGCUGAAAUAAUGCCUUUCUGCGCGGUGCAUCUGCUCAGGCACACGGCUGCAUUUUGGCGCAUUCAGCUUCUCACAAUACCAGCCAACACCAACUCCAGCUCUGAGAAGUCCGACAACGCAGGUCGGAGAGGGAGAGAGAAAGACAGUGGAAGUGGAUCCAAAUGAGCAAGCAGUUGCAACAGAAGAUAACCAGUACCGAUCAGAACGGCGUUAGUGUUAUACAGAAUCAGCCACAUAAUAGUGCACUGAACCCGGCAGGAGCUGCAGGACUACAGCAGGUUCCUCAACUAGUCCCAGUGAGUCCCGGAGGUGGGGGUAAGGCCAUACCACCCAGCAAGAUGAAGAAGUCCUCUAUGGAUAAAAACAGCGAUGAGUACCGCCAACGGAGAGAACGCAACAACCUGGCCGUAAAGAAGAGCCGCAUGCGCAGCAAGCAGAAGGCACAGGACACCCAACAGCGUGUCAAUGAGCUGAAGGAAGAGAAUGAGAGACUGGAGGCCAAAAUCAAAUUGCUUAGCAAAGAACUGAGUGUGCUCAAAGACCUGUUUCUAGAGCAUGCUCACAACCUCGCAGACAAUGUGCAGCCCCCUGCUUCUAGUGGAGGCCCCGGAGACCUCUGUAACAACAACAACAACAACAAUAACAACAGCGGCAGUAACGGCAGCCAGUGAGGGCAUGAUGUUGGUUUGCAGUGUGCUCUGCUGUGGGCUGUGUGGAGGCAAAUCAUUUUACUUAAUCGUAUUAUGCUUUUUUCCCCCUCCUGUUCCUGGAAUGUGUACUGUCCGCAGUGUUUAACUUGUGCGUCUUCAGUUUGUACACUCAAAUUUAGUUUCCUUUUCCACCUGUAUUAUAUCUCAUGCAGAAUGCUACGAUCACCAUAGCAACCGCAGAAAGUUCAACCCACGCUCUGAUUUGAUGUGCAGGAGAUAACUUUAAUAUCUGCCUUCCAUUUGUAAAGCAGCAUGUUUCAGUGUCUUGAAACUUUGCAGUGUCUUGGAGGACUGUGAAAGCUCCUCGAUAGACAAUUUUGAAAUCUGGCCAAAGCAGGUCUCCAAGAUUUAACAGUAAAUAUAAUAAUAGUAAAUGUGUUCCAUCACUCCGCACUAAUGUCUAAAGAAAGGAUUCAGAAACUCAACUAAUAGAAGGUGCCGUAGUCGGUUAACAUUGUUCAUUAUGAGUUGGAAUUAAGUUAGGAUGUCUUCAACUGCAAAGAGUACUUAUGUUGUAUUCCUGCUUUUUUGCCUGUCAGCUUGGGUUGAUUCAAUCUCUUAUUUGUUGACCAUGUCUUAUUAUAGCAAAUACACUGUUGUAUCUAUGGUAACAGACUCAAGACAGACUAAACGUAUUGCAUCAGACUCCAGACAGUGUCUGCAUUACCAGUAGUCCUUAAAUCCCUGCAGUUAAGCCUUCAAUUUUGACAAGGGUGGAGAAGAACAGAUAGAGUAGAAAAUUAGCUCUAGUGUGUAUGUUAGGGUGUUGGUAGGUAAAUUAACACAUUAUUUCAUAACAGUAACUCCUCUGUCUUUGUAAAUACUGUUGAGAUAAGAUUCAGAAUGACUGGUACAUAGACUGGUGCUGAACAUUGAAAGUCAUCAAUCACCUGAUGUGCCCUAAAGUUAUUAAAUUAUGUAAAUUAUGAGUUAUAUUGAAAAAUUCCUUAUCUGAAGAAGUUCUUUAUCUGACUAUGUUAAAUAUUGGCCAUUUUGUUUCCCUGACCAGUCUCAGAGCAGUAUGUGUGAAUUUACAUCUGCAGUACCAGGUGUUGCUAAAAGUUACUGGAGCAGCCACAUGACCUUUGCCCUCAUUGAGUCUCAUAGAGCUAUGUGUUCUUGGAGUCGCUGUAGAUAGACUUUUGUACCUCAGGCUAUAUAUCAUAGCCUCACCAGACAGCCUUUAAGAUCUAUAUUCCUGUUUAGGAGGAAAUUAAAAAGGGGAGGAUAAGAAAAGACAAGGCAACCUUAUAAGAUGUCUGAAGCAUCUUCAAUUCUACUGUAUAUUUUCAUUUUCUAUAUCUAAAGUUUUAAACAUUUAAAAUAAGCAUGAAAGGCAAUGCAUGAUUAGCACUAUUUGAACAACUAAUUAAAGGUUAUGCUCUAUAGAGGAAUAGCGAAUCGACGACUGCAUACUUUUUGUAUUGUUGUGAGGCUGGGCUAAAAUAAAGCUAUUGUGUAAAAGUUCUUAAAAAUGAGACUAAAGUCAAUAUUUCAUGAAUAUUUGAUUGGAAUAUUUUGCUUAAGUAUGAGGGUUGCUGGGCAACUUGCUUUUUUACAUAAAUGUAUACUGGGUUUUUGUGCAUUGUAAAUUAAAAUUGAAUACAAAAUA